AUGCUUACAAUUUUACCGAUUAUCUACAUCCUAUCGAUAUUCAGUCUGGUAAAGGCGGCACCACUAUUCAAUAAUGGGAGUUCUGCUUUCACAUCAUUUUCUGUGGUGAGUCCGUCGAUGGUUUCCAUCCCGGCACCAGAGAUAUCGAUAUCUUCUAAAGAUAAACAGCAAUUAUCUGAUACAACCUCUCAAGAUUCUACUUCGGUGGUUCAACCUGUCUAUACAUCAUUAUUUGACUCGUCAUUUGUGUCUGCAAUUUCCACUCCAACUUUUACACCAACUUUUUCAAUCCCAUCAGUUUCUUCAGACAUAUCAGCAAUUUCUGAUACCGUUUCAACUGAGAAAACAACUCAAUCAAUCGUUUCAACAAAUCAAGCGUCUGUAUCGCAAACUUCAAGUACUGUCAGUGAAGCACAAUCAGUUGUAUCAACUCCAACCAUUUCUUCUGUACCAGUUUCAUCUGUUGUUCCAACUUCUUCAAGUACAGUAUCUGCUAUUGAGGAUCCUAAUGUUUCUAGUACUUUGUUAUCCGUUAUAAGUACACCUCCGGUGUCUACUUCGGUGUCAGCUGUGGUAUCUGAAAAGCCAUCACAAGUAGUAUCCAAUACAGACGUGUUGGUUAGCACCCUUACCACCUCAAGCACUCCACCAGCAUCCGCAAGUAAUCCACCAGUUUCUGUAAGUACUCCACCAGUAUCUGUUAGUACACCAGAUGUCUCAGUUUCAGCUCCUGUCUCAAAUGCUGCCAGUACCGUUAUUGCUCCUCCUUCUUCUACCUCCACUCCAGUAGUUUCAUCUGUACCAAUUCCACAAAUAUCAACUCAAGAAACUCCAGUUAGCGGAGUCGCCUCUACUACAUUGUCAAAUAUUGUUCCUUCAAGUGUUGCUACAGAUACAAACACUUUCCCAAUAAGUUCGAUAAUUACACCUUCUGUAGCUGCAUCAAGCGUUCAAUCUAACACUGACAUUCUACAACCUGUUUCUACCAUAUCUACAUUACCAAACACUGUUAGCGGUAUUUCAAGUGUAACUACAAAUGAUGUCCCAACACAAUCUCAAAUAACUGUCCCAUCUUCCAUUCCAAAUACUCUACCAGUUACACCUUCCUCUGUCGAAGCUGUAACGUCUACUCCAACUAGAAAUACACCAACUUUUGUUAGUAUAAGUUCAACAGCUACAGUUGCAGCUCCUAUAUCAGAUAUCUCAACAGGUCCUGUUUCUGCUCCAGUAUCAACUCAAAUUUCUGCUCCUCCUUCACAAAUUACUCCAGAUCAACCAAAAUUACCAACGGUAACACCUAGUAGUAUUAGUAGUAGAACUAGACGUGCGUCAUCAUCUACAGCUGAUAAUUGGUGGAUUCCAACUCAACUUAUUACAGCAUCCACUCAAGUGACAGGAUCUGCUAUGGUUUCAAGUGCCGCAACAAAAACUCUUCCUCAAGUUAUUGGUGCUGCCACAAGUGUACCAACACCUGAAGGUUAUACGGUGAUUACCAUUGGAUUUAAAGAAGCUUUGAAUUAUGAAUUCAUAGUAUCAAGUCCAAAAUCAUCAGCACAAAUAUUUUCCUUCCUUCCAUAUGUUCUAAAUACACCAUUUGAUGAUAUUUAUGAUAAUAUUACUGUAUCAAGAUUAGUUCCUUUACAGAAGAAAGACAUUGGUUAUUUCAUAACAGUCGCUGAAGUUCUUUUCCCAGAAAGUGCUAUUGCAAAUCUUUCCGUUUAUAUUAAAGAUACAAAUAGUUCUCUUUACACAAAGAAUGAUGAUGCCUUAAGGUCAUUAGCACUAUUGAUUGAUCCAUCCAUUCCAUUAACAGGUCUGGUAACAUCAGCAAAUUCUGCUGAUACUUCUUCAUCUUCUUCUUCUACAGAUUCAUCAUCAUCAUCCUCCAAGGGAAAUUCUGACCACAAAUCUGGUUCAACUUCAGAAGAUGAUGACUCCUCUUCAGAAGAUAUGGGGACAUUAGAAUAUUCUGGUAAAUCAAGUUCUAAUCCAACAGGUAGUAUUAAAAACAAAAAGACGCUAGUCCCUCUUGUGGUUUGUACCGUAGGUGGGGGUAUCUUAUACAUUUGUUUAAUGACAUUUAUUGUCAGAUUUUUCGUUAGAAGACAUCGUGAAAGACAAGUGGCUAUAAAAUUCCCAGACGAUUCAAGUUCAAGUUCAAGCGAAUUUAAUAACGAGAAGAAGGAUACUAAUCGUCAAUCAAUUACUGCUUCUAUGAAGAUUAAUAUGUGGAUGGAUCAUUCAGAAUCCAACAAUGAAGGUGGAUUAUAUUCUUCUGAUGUUCCAGCAAAGAAAUCAAUGAUUAAGAUAUCUAAACCAAUUGCCACACAAAAUUCCUUGGGUUGGAAUGAUGUUUAA